CCUUAAACACGCCAUCUUAUUAGUAAUUUGUAAUUAGUAAUUAGUAUGAAGGAGGUUAUUCUUGGGUUUCCGGGACAUUGGGCAGAUGAUAAUCUAGAGCCUGCUGAUCAUUAUACAACAAAAAUUGGAGGUCUUCCUGACUGGCCUUUUCCCGAAUUAUUGUUAGAACGAAUUUUACUUGAGUGUACUUCAUGUAAAUCCAAAUUAUGCCUCAUUUCACAGGUAUAUGCACCAAUUAAUGGUUCAGUGUUGAAAAUUGAAGAACGUGUAAUUUAUGUUUUUGGUUGCCCAAAUUCAUCUUGUGGAAGCUGGCGUGCUAUUCGUGUUCAGAAGCCUGGGAUUUGUGAUGAGGUACCACUUGUUGGCUCUACAUCUUCAGCUAUUGACAUUGAGUUGGAGGAGGAUGUGGAUGAUGAUGAUGAUAUAAACAUGGAGGACUUGGGUAGGGCUCUUUUCGAAGCCGCAAGCUUAGCUUCUAAUUUAGUUAAACACGACGCCAACAAUAAUACCAAUAUUAAUGCAAAAACACUUACAUUGGACCCGAAAUCGAGAAAAGUUGAUGCCACUACCAUUGUGCUACCUUGCUUUUAUGUAUACAGUCAAGAGGAUAGAUCUUCGCAGGAUGUGGCAGCUGUUUGCUCAAAGCUUCCUUCACUUUCAGCCAAGGAGGCACAAGAUUACAAGGAUAAUAAUGAUCCAAUACAGGAAGAGACCUGGGAAGAUGAGGGCUAUGAGUAUGACAAAGCUUUAAACGCAGAUAGGACUUACCUCAAGUUCAAGAAAAGACUGGACAAAUGCCCAGAGCAAUGUUUCAGGUAUUCCUUUGGAGGAAAGCCUCUGUUGGCUACUGGAGAUGUGGGUGACCCUGGGACAUGUGGCCUUUGUGGUGAACCAAGGCACUAUGAAGUGCAGCUCAUGUCUCCAUUAGUUUAUUUUCUACAAGAUGGAGCUACUGGUGGACAAAGAAAACUGCUGGAGAACUGGAAUUGGAUUACUCUUAUCGUAUAUACAUGUUCAAAGAGCUGCUUUCAGAAGGUGGAUCAUGAAAUGUCUAAUUGGCAUGGGUGGACUGUGGUAGAAGAGACUGUUAUAGCACAAUUCGAGAAGCCUCUGACAGAAUCACAUCGACUAAGUUAUUUCUUUUGAUUUUCAGCAUACCUUGUUUCUCAUUUCUCCCUUCUCUGGUUGGUAGCUUGGCAGCUUUUGGAAAACUGAACCUGUAAAAUUAAUAUUGUUGCUCUUCAAUGCUAAACAGGUAUGUAUUUAUACGACCCAAAUACUAUUAGUUUCUAGCAUCUGCUA